AGUUAAGCGCGCGACGCCUUUACGGUCGGUCGGGUCGAAAGUUGUUUGGUGGAGUGAAUCGUGUGUCCGUCGCGCGUUUUCCGGGAACUGUGGAAAAGUGACACCAAGUGUUUCUAAACAGAUAGAACCAUUUGUGCAAAAUCGGUGCAAACACACGUUAAUUGCGGUUCUGGCGCUGGAUGAGAUAAUUUCCUGUUCUACCGCAUCGGAGCGCAUCAAUCAGAAACUGUGCUCAGAAACGGAACGCGAUUGUUUCCUUAAUACACAAUUCUGUGGAAGUGGCGACGGUGGUGGCAGGUGUUUUCCGGGUCGCGGUGUUAGAAUCACAGCCGCCAGCUGAAGCGCGUGUUUUAUGUUUUCUCAAAUCCGUCGUCAAUCCGUACCACGUUAAAAAAGUUCCAAAUUUAUACUGUUUACCACCUGAUGAAAUGGUAGUGUUUGCUUCUGAGAAAGCGGUGUGAAAUACGCAAACAGCUUGCGACAACUGCUGUCAAGAAAGAGAACAACCACAACAAAUGGAAUAUCUGACGGAGAUUCCCCAAAUGAUGCGAGGAUAUCUACUCGAUGUAGGAGCGCUGAAAUAUGUCAACUUCCUGAUCACACAGUUUCUGGCGCUGAUCCUAGCGUCAGCCUUCCGAUCCUAUCUACACCCGUCGAAAGUGUCGGCCAGCACCCGGCACGCGAUCGGGCUGGUGAUCGGUCUGUUCUUCGGGUACUUCUGCUUCGGUCAGCAGGCAAUCCACAUCGCGGGACUUCCAGCCGUUUGCUAUGUCGUCAUACGCACACAGAACCCACAGAUCGUGCAACGAAUCGUCCUGGUUGUGGCCCUGGCGUACCUAUCCUGCAUCCACCUGCAUCGCCAGUACUACGACUACGGUUCGUACUCGCUGGACAUUACCGCACCGCUGAUGAUCAUCACCCAGAAGGUGACCAGCCUGGCGUUCAGCAUCCACGAUGGUUUCACGCGUGAGAUGAAAGACCUCACACACAGCCAGCAGCAGCAUGCUGUCAGGAAGCUUCCGUCGGCGCUGGAAUUUUUCUCCUACACGCUGCACUUCCAGGGCCUGAUGGCGGGUCCAUUGGUGUUCUACAAGGACUACAUCGAUUUCAUCGAAGGCUGCCACAUCCUCAAGCAAUCUGCCGUGUCCAACGGAAAGUAUGACAUAGACAAAAAGAUCGUACACGAACCUUCGCCAGUGAAGGUGGUGGUAAAGAAGGUGAUUGCCAGUUUGAUUUGCGCCCUAAUCUUUGUCAAGUUUGCCACCAUAUAUCCCAUCAAGGCUAUGAAAGAUGACGAUUUCCUAGAGCACUCCGGCUUUCUCUACUCGUUCUGGUACAUGAUGAUGGCCACGACGGCCGUUCGUUUCAAGUACUACUUCGCCUGGUUGCUGGCGGAUGCUAUUUGCAACAACUCAGGUUUUGGAUUCAACGGGUAUGAGAAGGAUGGGGUUACGCCCCGCUGGGACAUGGUGUCCAACAUUGAUGUGUGGGCAUUCGAGUUCGGUACAAAUUUCCGAAAUUGCAUCAACUCAUGGAACGCGGGCACCAACCGGUGGCUCCGGAUGGUUGUGUUCGAGAGGGUUCCGAAGCGUUACGGCACGGUAUUGACGUUCAGUUUGAGCGCGUUUUGGCAUGGAUUCUACCCCGGGUACUAUAUAACAUUCGCGACCGGGGCUUUUAUUGUGAUGGCGGCACGGGUCGCCCGGAAACUCUUCCGCGAGCACUUCCAGGACACAGCAUUUAAGCGAAUAUUUUACGACGUUUUGACCUGUCUCGUUACGCGUGUUUUUAUGGGUUAUGCCACAUUUCCAUUCGUUUUACUCGAGUUUAAGGCUAGUCUUCGCAUGUACCUGAAUGUUUUUAUGUGCCUUCAUCUAGUCGCUUUGUUCACUGUAAUUAUUUUAACAAGAUUUGUACCACGUGGUGAACGGAAGCGGAAGUCCGCCAGCUCCUCAGCCCUACCAGUUGCCAAUGAGGAUUCCACAACCGAUCGGGCCAAUACUACCUUUCGUUGUAGCACAAACUUAAGCUGUAAUACCGUGGCGAAGACCAAUGGAACAAGCAUCACUAGCAGUACCACCACCGCCUCUAUAUCUUCCACGAUCCCGGGCAGCCAAGAGGAAUUCAACGAACGACCAGCAGCAGCGAGCGCAGCGGCAGCCGCGUCAGCUGCUCUAACUAGUAAGACUGAGAGGGAGAGUGAUAAUCUAUCAAAUUUAAUUAAAGAAAAGAUCGAACAAGAAACGCGCAACAUCGAGGAGUUGAUCGAUAAAACCGUAACGGGGUUCGUCGAGCUGAAGGACGAUCUGAUGCGUAUGAACGAGAACGAAAUUUUCAUAUCGGCCGAAACGCUACGGAAACGCCUGCAGAGUAAAGCUGAAGCUGAAGUAAAAAGCCACAGCGGUUUCGUCGAUCACGUCGGCGGAGGCGUCGAUGCGUUUCUCAAGAAAGAAAUCGAUGCACUAAACGCAGCCGUACAGCAGGCAAACGUGCUGCCUGCUGUUCUUAGUAAUGGCCAUGCCAAAUAAUAUUCUUCCAGCGAUCGACCGCAACCGAGUCGAGUUGGAGUUUGUCUAAAUCGUAAGCUUUUGGAAUCGCGAAAGUCUGAUUCAGUAGAGCGCAGACGAGUGCACAAACUAAGACAUUCACCGAUUCCCUAUUUUUCGAGUGGAGGUGAUUUUUCCUCUCUUCCUUUUUAAUACAAAAACAUAAAUAAAAACUACCACAAAUAGAACAAAAAGAAUAUUUUCAAUAUAAAUAAUUCAACAAAUGAAUCGAUAAGUGUGUGUGCUGCAUAUACAUUAUUGCAGCAAAGAGAUAAACUAAGAAUACGAUGAUUAUGGUAACUAGAUAUUUCCAGAAAUUAAAAAUUAACAAAACUGAAGAACGACAACAACGGAAAAGCUUAGCUCUAGCGCGCAAACAGAAAAGAAAGGCACAAAACAGAUGGAUUUUAACUGCGAUUUUGUAGACGCAGAUACUAAUACUACAAGUAACACAAACGUGGAAAACGAAUCACACCAACAAUUCAGAAUACACGAAGAGCUAAUACAAGAGAGAUUAAAAAAUAAAGUUGUUGCGUGACCAGCGAGAA